CGCGACGUCCUCCAGUUUAGGCGUAUUUUCAAGUGAUAAUUUCUGUGGCCCAUCGUUUAUAUGCCGGUCAAAUUAAUUGGAAAAGUUUUGCUAAAUUUGGUCCAUCAUUCGUUCAUUUUUAGGAACAACUGUCAGAGUUUUCAUUUAUUUUUCGUAUAAAUUACGUGGUUGUAAUUUUGGGAAAUUUGGUUAUUAAAUUAUGUUCUGAGUUCCGAUACAACUUGAACUUAUUUGUAAAGUAUUAUCAAUGACAACUUGAAAGAAGUAUUUUUGGAGAUGGCGAUGACAUUAAGUUCGUUGUCACCGUCGAACAUGCUCGGCGAGCUCGGUCGCUUAGCAAGUUGGCUGAAAGGCGACUGCCUUGCGCCUGAAGAGUAUGCUGGUUUGGCGGUCACCGAAAAGUUGGAGAAUGUACAGUUAUUGGACAAGUACAACUUACGGAACCCAUCGAAAGGCACACUGUACUUCGCUACCACCCACCUUAUAUUCGUCGAUCAUGAGAUGCGCAAGGAGACAUGGAUACUGCUAAUGCACAUCUCAUCAGUGGAGCGGCUGCCGAUCACGACGACUGGCUCUCCGCUGCUCGUGCGGACGAAGACCUUCCAGUCGGUGUUCUUCGUGAUCCCCCGCGAGAGGGACUGCCACGAAAUGCACCAGACUCUAUUGCGACUCAGCCAGCCAGUACACAUUGACGAGUUGUACUGUUUCCACUACAAGUCCACGCCGGACGAGCUACCCAAAUCGGCCGGCUGGAAUUUCUUCGACAUCCAGACCGAAUAUCAAAGAAUGAACGUUCCAAACGAACACUGGGUGCUGUGCACAGCGAACAGAGAUUACGAGUUGUGCGAUACGUACCCGAGCGAGAUCUACGUACCAGCGAAGGCAUCCACAGCUGUGCUCCUCGGCAGCGCCAGCUUCAGAUCGAGGGGUCGUCUCCCAGCCUUGGCCUACCUGCACCAUAACAAAGCAGCCAUAGCGCGCUGCAGUCAACCGCUGAGCGGAUUCUCUGCUAGAUGCAUGGAGGAUGAACAGAUGCUUGACUUAAUCCGACGUGCCAAUCCUAAUUGUGGUUACAUGUACGUUGUGGACACUAGGCCCAGGAUAAACGCGAUGGUGAACCGAGCGGCUGGCAAGGGCUAUGAGAACGAGGCGUUUUAUGAGAACAUCAAGUUUCAGUUCAUGGGCAUCGGCAAUAUCCACGUGAUGAGGAAGAGCCUCCAGAAGCUCGUCGAGACAUGCGAGCAAAACACACCAACUAUGUCGUCAUUUCUUAGUGGCCUCGAAUCAUCCGGUUGGCUCAAACAUAUCAAGUCGAUACUGGACACGUCGUGGUGGAUAGCGUCUGCGAUCGAGGGCGGCGUGAGCGUGUGCGUGCACUGCAGCGACGGCUGGGACCGCACCGCGCAGGUGUGCUCGCUGGCUGCACUCUGCCUCGAGCCGCACUACCGCACCAUCAACGGCUACCAGGCGCUAAUAGAAAAGGACUGGCUGUCAUUCGGGCACAAGUUCACGGCUCGGUGCGGUCACAUCGCGUGCGACGGCCGCGAGCGCUCGCCCGUCUUCACGCAGCUGCUCGACUGCACCUGGCAGCUGCUGCGCCAGCGGCCCGAGGCGUUCCAGUUUAAUGAGAGGUUCCUACUAACUCUCCACGAUCACGCGCAUGCGUGCCAGUACGGGACCUUCAUCGGAAACUGCCAAAAGGACCGGCGAGAUCUCAGGUUGUCUGAACGCACAUUUUCUCUGUGGGGAUACAUGGCGAACCAUCUCAACGAAUACAAGAAUCCACUGUACAACCCGAAGGCCCAUCCAGACGUGCUUAAACCGGACUUAAGUGCGCAGAGCAUAAGGUUCUGGCGCGGCAUGUACUGCCGGCACGAGAGUGGCGUGCACCCUCGCGAGCCGCUGGGCGACCUGCUGCCCGCCGCCGUCGAGCACUGCUCCGCGCUCGACCACCACAUCAACUACCUCACCAAGAGAAUAACCACGUUCAAGAAUCUUCUAUCAGGCAAAAAGGCUGAGAAGAGUAAAGACACAACAGUGGUGAACUACCAGAACGGGAAUGUGAACUCUGUUGAAAUAGAGACAAAGACUGAGGCGUUGCAGAUAGACAACAAAUUACUGUACGAGUCUGGCGGCACUCUGUCGGAGCUGGAGUGCGCUAACCACGACCACCCUCUAAAGGAAGACGUCGCCGUGCCACGCAAACCGAACAAGAUACCACUCAUCACAGAGCGCGCGGACGAAAUAAUUCCGGUGAGCCUGCCGGAGUUGGAGCGAGAGGUGAACACGGUGGCGCUCGACUGGAAGAGCAUCAAGAGCGUCACCGAAUGCAGCUGCUCCACGCCACUCGACCACUUCAGUAGGAAGCACCACUGCUGGGGCUGCGGCGCGGCGGUGUGCACGCGCUGCGUGGCGCGGCGCGCGCCGCUGGCGGCGCUGGCGUCGCCGCGAGCCGCCCCGCUGUGCGGCGCGUGCGCAGCCUGCACGCCGGCCGCCACGCCCGCUGCCACGCCCGUCGUCACGCCCGCCACGCUCGCCCCGGAUCUACGCGCGCAUACUGACAUCGUGACAUCGGCAAAUUAGAAAUUAAAGUGGAGAAGUCGAAUAUGAUCUUACCAAUGUCUUUCAAAGGAGAGUAUUCUAUGAAAAUAGUGUUAAAUAAAAAAAAAUAUAGUCAAAAUAGUGUUCACGUAAAUGUCAUGUCAGGAAAAUAAGGAAGUUAUUGGCGAUUAUAAGACGCAGUUCAAACAGAAUGAAUCAAGUCUAAGGAAACAUGCACAUAACACCGUGGCGCCAACUCUGAAUUGAUAUGGAGCUAAGGGUGUUGUCACACGCAUAUUCUUUAUUAAUUUCGUGCCUAUGUAAACCAUAUUUCUCUACAUAUAUUCUUACACGGGGGGGGGGGGGAGGGCAGUAAUAUCGUGUGAUGCUUAUGCACGUUUGUGUGAAAUCUAUGCAACCAGUUCAUUGGAUUUGAGAGCUAAGUCGUUUAUGAUUUAUUAAUAUAAAUAUUCUGGACAAUCAUUUUAUAAAUAGUUUUAAUAUACUCUUUUUUUUUUAUUAUAUUGAUACUUAAUGGUUCCAUAGAUUUAUUUUUUAGUUACAAUAAUAUAAAGGCAGUGCCGAGUCUCUUAAAUGACGUAAAGUAAUUACAUGCUUUGUGGCUGCAAAGUUCUCUGCCCAUUACAUUGUAUAAUACCUUCCCUCUUUAACAACGUUUUCGCUAGCGAGUCCAUGAGAUAGAAUGAGAUGGCGAUAUGUGGUGUCUUAUUCUGUUUUAUUUGAACUCCAACCGAAAUGAUUCUAUCUAUAUAUAUUAGUUUAUUCCUUGCCCUCUUGACAAGCGAAAAAUAGAAUGAAAUAGCAACGUCGGAUGUCUCAUUCCAACUCAUGGACUCGCGAUGUCGAUUCCAUCGAAGAAUUCGCUUGCCAUUUGUCUAGAGGCCCUUGUAUAGGGGGUUAAAGAGCGUUCACACAGAUAAUUCAGAUAUCGCAAGGCUAGGAAUAAAAAUAAAAAAAUAUUACAGUGUAGUGUAGUGAGGUAAGUUAAAGCUAAAAGCGCGGUGACAAUUGUUCCAAUUUUGUCUUUCUCGUCAAGUCCAUGUAGGCUAAGAUCACAGGGCCGACACAUUUAUAUUAUUUUAUUAAAGCGAAGUAUCUUUUGUGGAUGUGUACAACAGCAGGCAAGAACAAGUGAGCUGAGGUUGAAAAAGGUACAAAGAUGUUGCUACAGUUCGUUAAAAUAUUAAUUUAGUUUUUUUUUUAUAUGUUCAGUAGGACGGUAUUUUUUUUAUGGUUGAAAAUGGUAUGGUAACCCCGCCUGCGCUAACGGGAUACGCUGGCCGAGCACCAGUGACGGAUGAUCGGUGAGAAUGAAAACAGGCCAGUUAGCACAUGAUGAUGAAUUCAUCAGGAAUUAACCAUGAUAGUUUCCAGGGGGAACCGCGAGGAGGUCGACCUGGUUGGGUAUAUUGCUAGCAAUGGGAUUCUCAGUCCCCAUUACUAACAAUCCCUUACCCCCCCCCCCCCCCCCCCCAGGUACCCAGUAGGACGGUAUUAGAAAUAAAUAUUUAGGUACUAUAACCGGACUAUCUACAGGUUAUUGUUUUCAAACGCCUUAAUGCUCAAUAAAUAGUCAUUUAAAAUUGGUUUAUAUAUAGAGGAGCAACAUUUUUGUACUUUUACAACUAGUUAAUUAUCUGCUUAAUAAUUGACGCUCAGUUUAUGCCCAUUUGUUCUUAUCUAUAUGAUAUACACCCAUCCAGCAAUUUUAGUUUUUAAAAAAAUAUGGGUUUAACGGCCCUGGAGUCUUGCUGUAAUGGGCGUGCAUGUACAAAAAAUAAAUCGAUGUCUCCAAUAAUAGAUUGUAUUAUAUUACUUUUUAGAAUAUGUAUAAUGUACCUAUGUAAGAGGCAUAAUUUCUUAUCCAUAAUAAUUAUAAGUGAUAUAUUACAAUUUCUCGAUGUAAAUAAUUGUACUGUUCAGUAGAAUAUAAUAUGUAAUUACUGUUAUAAAAUAAUUAAAUGAAAAAUGUAAAAUAAUUUAAUUAUAUAUAUAUACAUGGACAUAGUA